AUGACUAUCGCAUUUGGAAGAAAAAAUUCAUCCCCAACAGGACUUCCUUCCUCUACAACUCGAUUAAAUUCCACCUCUCCAAACUACUCAGUUCAAGGGGGAGAGGUUUCAAAUCAAUUUUCACGCACCGAUCUGUCCCCACCGUUUUUCACUUCAGGAUCAACAAAUUACUUAAAUCAGAAUACUCUAGCUCAAAUUAAUCCUUAUCGACCAAAUGGGGCCUUUACUUCGCCUUUCUACGAUUCUAUGCAGAAUUUGACCUUCAUGACAAAUCAUAGAUCCCCACUUUCGCCGUCCUAUACAGAAGCAGGCAAAGCAGCAUAUCAACCGACUACUGAUGACUUACUUCCAAAUCCAAUUAAUACUUGGUCACCUACACCUCAAAAUUCAGUGUCUUUCAAUUCACCAAGGCCAUCACAAAAUGUGAAUGGUUCGAGUGGGGAUAUUUUGUGGAAUGCCUUCCAUGGAACAGGUGGUUAUACAUCCUAUUCAAACUACUCGAACUCCCCACAACAACACUUUAACUCCACUUCAAAUAAUCUACAUUCCAAAGUGUUGCAAUAUCAUAAUCGAUGUCAGAGGAGACAACAAAAUUGCCCUUAUCCGCAAAUGUUCGACUUAAUUCAGCACCAGUGGAGACGCCAGCCUGUUCAAGGUGAGAUUAGCCAGUCCGGGAAACACCAAUCAACAAUCGCUAAUGGUACUGCCAAUAGAGGUAAGCCUUCACUCUAA